AUGAGCUUGGCUAACAUUGACUAUUUCUUAGAGCCAAUUUUAUCGUGGGCAGCUAGAUUGGACGCAUUCAUAGAUGAAGAUGGUGGACCCAUCAUCUUCAAGGCUCUAGUCGACCUCGGUGCCGAUCCAUUCAUCAAAUUGGAAGAUGGGCGGACUCUAUUCCAUGCUAAGUGCAUGGAAUGGCUUCACUCCGGAUCUUUCUCUUCCAGGGAUGUCGUGGAGCUUUUUUUCAAAACUGGUGCUCGAAUGGACCAUCGAGAUUCAUCUACAGGCCAGAGUAUGUUUGAGUUGAUCGUGAACUUCUGCGAUGACCCUCAUCGAGCUGACCAUGGGGGCUUGGAAUUUCUGUUAACACAUGCAUUGCCAAACACUUUGGCCGCCAGUCAUGUGUACGAAGUACUACACUCGCGACUUGAGGAUAUCCAGAAUCAUCUCAUUGCGUGUCUCCUCAUCAUGCGACAUGGGUGGAUUUCUGGCAAGGCUCGGACUUACAUCUUCGAGUGGCUAGUCUCCUAUGUAACGGGGAUACCAGUGAGACACUCUGGCCUCUAUCUCGACAAAUCGAAUGGAAAAUUCAAUCAAAAGGCGGCCAAGUUCUUCCCUGGCCUGUUGAACCGGGAACAGUUAGAUCAAUUGUGGGAAAAGGGGUUGGCUUCCUACAGUGUUGGCUUGGAAGGGCCAUACGGCCGCGUAAAGUGUUCGGAAAGCAAAUGGAUAAAACUCCCCUGGAUGCAUAUCAAUGCUGAAAGAGGCGAUGUUGAGGCUAUGAAAAUGUUGCUCGAUUGGAAGUUUCCGGCAUUCAACUUUGAAGAAGAUGAUGAGCAAGAUGAAAUGGUGACCAACGGUUACACCCACUCGCCUCUCAUGCGGGCGAUGCAUCGAGGGCACAGAACGGCGGCCCUUUCCUUGAUCGAACAUGUAGCAAAGACGUGGAGAUCACAGCGAGGUUUCUUAAACUGCGGUCACUGGAAUUCAUACGGCAGGGAUAUGAACAACUGUCGCGAAUGUCCUUACGGGCAAAAAUCAGCCUGCGAUCUUGCCUUUUCCCUAGGCGAGGUUGAGCUGUUGGAACACAUGUGGGACGACCUUCUGGCUUUGGAGCAGUCAAUCGAGCAAAGAGUACAAUGGGAGGCCCAGCAACUCUACAUGCCUCGAGUCUAUAGUCACGGCAAUGUUUUUGCCGAAUGGAUCGAGCUGAAGCUGGGGAUGUGUAAUUGGAUGGCGCUGAAAGCAAGGGGACAAGACGCCUCUUGGUUCCGCCUGGAGAUUGAAAAAAGACUGGCCAAGCUGCGCUCGGAAGUCGAAGAGAUCCGAGACGCCUGGAGAGCGAGGGCCAAGAGCUUUGAAAGAGAGAAGGGUGAUGCUCUACCACGCGCUUGGGAGGUAGAAGACGGUACUGAGCAUAGUUGA